UUCGAAUUUAUACAGAGAAAAUAACAUGUCAAUCAAAGUAGCUUUUAUAAAACGUUAGAAUCUGUUUGUGUUCGUCCAUCGUGCAUGUCAAACUAGUUUCUUACAAUUCGUAAAGAUGUCUGCGAAGAACGCCAGCUCCAUCCAGGUCUGCAUCAAGGUGCGUCCCUGCGAGCCCGGGCUCACUUCGCUCUGGCAAGUGAAGGAAGGCCGCUCCAUCCAUUUGGCGGACAGCCAUGCGGAGCCCUAUGUCUUCGACUAUGUGUUCGACGAGGGCGCCAGCAACCAGGACGUGUUCGACCGGAUGGCCAGGCACAUAGUGCACGCCUGCAUGCAGGGCUUCAACGGAACUAUUUUUGCCUACGGCCAGACGUCGUCGGGCAAGACGUACACCAUGAUGGGCGACGAACAGAAUCCGGGCGUCAUGGUGCUGGCCGCCAAGGAGAUCUUCCAACAGAUCUCCAGUGAGACGGAGCGGGACUUUCUGCUGCGCGUGGGCUACAUCGAGAUCUACAACGAGAAGAUCUACGAUCUGCUGAACAAGAAGAAUCAGGACCUCAUGAUCCAUGAGUCCGGCAACGGGAUUGUGAAUGUGAACUGCAAGGAGUCUAUCGUAACCAGCGAGGACGACCUCCUGCGCCUGCUCUGCAUGGGCAACAAGGAGCGCAUCGUGGGCGAGACCAACAACAACAACAUGCGGUCCAGCCGUUCGCACGCCAUCUUCAGGAUAAUCAUUGAGUCCCGAAAGUCUGACCACAGCGAUGACGACACCGUAAAGCAGAGCGUACUGAGCCUGGUGGAUCUGGCUGGAUCAGAACAGGUGGAACACGCGGAUGCCCUAGGCCACGCAUCCAGCCUCAUGAUUUUUCGCAACUUGGUUAAGAGCCGCUCCGAGAACGUGGAUAUCAAGCCGAAUAGCUUUCGCGAUUCGAAACUUCCGCGCAUCAUGCUGCCUUCGCUGGGUGGAAAUGUUUUGACCUCUAUCAUCUGUACAAUUACACCAUCGUUCGUGGAGGAGUCGUCAUCCACUAUAAGCUUCGCCACGUGUGCCAUAAAAAUUCGCUGCCAGCCGCAGGUCUGCAAGAUGGACUCUGAAUCCACGAUGAUGGGACGACUUGAUCGCGGGAUCUGUAUGUUGAAGAAAAAGCUUGCUGAGAAGAAGAUCAAGAAUGAGAGCCAGCUGGUAUUGCAGGAACUGGAAGGUCGCAUCAAGCGCGACAAGCUGAAGAUCAUUUCCAGCGCCUCGCUUAACGACUAUCGCCUCCAGAAGCGUCGUCGUACUUGGACUUUAUCCGCCUCAGGCUCAGAAGGCGACUCUCCUUUUCCCGCAUUGCCUGAGCCAGAGGAAUCCCGUCUUCCGCGUCCUUCGAAACUGACUAACCUGCCGAAACCCAACACCACUCAUUCUCAGCGACGGGAGAUAGCUCCCAAAACCAAAGGCAUUUAUAAAGCCCCUAAGGAGAAAACGUUUCAAACGGAUAAUAUGGACACCAUGCCUGGCCAGGCGAAACAAAGGGAGACGGCGAGCAGAAUUCCUUCAGUAAUGAUGCCAAAAAAGGAUCAGGAGUCAGUGCCUAACUGCGAUGCCCUGCAGAUCGAGAUCUCUGCUCUUACUGCAUCCAACCAGGUAGCAAAGGAGACGAUCGAGAAGUACGAGGAGCAGGUGAAGAGGCUAAAGGAGACAAUUGAGCGGCUGGAGAUGGAGAACGGCAAGGCAGUCAAUUUAGGGGAGCAAUUCGAAACACACAAGGCCAAGUCCAAGCAAAUGAAGGAAGAACUUCUCUCCUCCAUCUUCGAGAAAGAUUCGACCAUAGAAAGCCUGCAACAGUCCCUUAAGGAGCUUUCUCGGGAUGUGUUGCGAAACAGCAAGGAGGAUUUCAUGCGAGCGAUGUGCCCCGAGCUUGAGUCCAGCUGCGAGCGGAUCUGCAACAAGUGCCUGGAGUUGGAGCGGCUACUGCCCAUAGCGAGUGCCUCAGGACUGGAAUCAAUCGCCUGCCAGUGUGAUCAGUUGCGAUCGGAGAUUGCUGACACCCGUAUCAAGUUGGAAAGUAUGCAGUCUGCUUUCAGUCAAGCAAGCUGUGAGGUUUCACAAAAGACCACUGAUUGCAAACGGCUCUCCGAACAGAUAUCCACAGCGCAGGAUGAUUUUGGACAAUUGCAGGAAAAGUACAACAAUCUGGAGCAUAAGUUGUCUAGUCAACAGCUGGCCAUUGGUACCAUGCAGGCUGACUACACUUCUAUACAGCAAAGGUACCUGCAGCUGCAGGAGGAGUAUAAACAUCUGGAACUCAGAUCGGAUGAACAGUGCCAGCAGCUGCAGGACGAAAAUUCGAAACUGCAAGCCGAGAUUGGAACUCUCAAGGAGCGAGUGGAGGAGGUCCAGAGUAAGCUAUUGGAAGUUCCCAAUCCGGGUUCUCAUCCAGGAGAGAUGGAGCUGCAAAAUCGACAGCUGAAGAAGCGCCUCUCCGAGUUGGAAUCGGAGUUGAACGAGAUUAGACGGAAUUACGAUUGUCUAUCCACCCAAUUGAUGGAUAGUAUUCAAGAGAGCGAUGUACUCCGAGAGGAGCUCAAGCAACUAACAACGAACGGCGAUUUGGAAUCCAUAAAGAAUUCGGGUGUAACCGCUGAGUGCAGUGAUCCGCAAAACGACUUGGACAGUGUUCUGCUGCAACAGUUCGCCAAGCUGUCGAAGUCCAUCCAACAGAUUGAGCUCAGCGACUACUACGGUGGCAGACGCCUCUUUAUAUACAACCAUGCGGAACAGGAUCAAAGUGUGCCAAGCUUCAAACUGUGCCUUGAGCCUGCUGAGUAUUUAGAGGGUGAUGGUAAACAGCAGGACUCGGUAUUCCUUAAAGGCUCUCAGAUUGUCAAAAUAAAUCAGGAACAGAAUUGUGUGAAAGAGGAAGACCGAAUGCGUGAUAUCAUUUUCCAACUGAAACAAGAAGUUGACGAGAAAAAGAAUCUAAUUGAGGAGGAGAAAGGAGUUAUUGACAAAUUGCGUGCCCAAAUUACCAGCCUGAAACAAAUCGAAACUGUAGUAAAUCAAAAUGCCAAGACAAAAAUAUUGUGCGAUGAGUUGCAGACUGAAGAUAACGUACAGACCACAAUGAAGCAAAGUCUUUUAAGUAUCCCGCAUGGCGACGAUACCAUUAUGGGGCUUCCAGCGUCUUCCGCUAACGAGCAGGAAUCGCACGAAGUCCUUACUCUCAAGACAUCCCUUGCACAUCUGAAGUCCAAGGUGUGUGAACUUCAGAAAAAACUUGAAAAUCAGUCAGAGGACGAAAAAAUGUCCGAACUGCAGGCGGAUAUUGGAGAAAUAAGCGAGCGUUGCUUAUCCAUGGAACUGAAGCUUGCAGACUUUGUAAAUUGGCAGGCGCAGGAGUUGCGCCCUGUAGAUCAGCUUCAAGAAAGCGGUGCAGAACUACAGCACAGCAGCACCACAGCUGAAGAAUCUCUAAAAUUGGAGAAACCAAUCCAGGAAAAAACUGAUCGAACUCUUACCACCGAAUACGAACGCCGAAUCGAGCAACUUGAAGAAUCAUUACAAAGAGCACAAGAGGAAUUAAGAAUUCUGGAGAAGCGAAAGACAGAUGAGAAUAAAAGCCUUCAGCUUGAGUACAUGGCGAAAAUUGAGACGAGCGAGAAUGAAAACCGCUCCAAAUUCCGUGCAUACUGCCUGGAAUUGGAGGAAACCAAGAAACGCUACGAAGAGCAGCUAGAGCAGGCCAGUGAAAAGCUUACUAGUGUUACGACUCAGUGUCAGGCGGAUUUGGAUGUCAUUAAAGGAUCUCUUCAAGAAAAGAUUACUCAGGCCGAGAAGGAAAGAAAUGAAUUGGCUGCCCGACACAAGGCAGAGCUUGAAAAAAUCAAUGAAACGCUGAAGGAGAAGGAAUCUUCUUACAAGGAGAAACUAAGCCAAGCGGAGGAGGAGCGAGAUAAGGAAGUUUCUAUUCUUGAGGCGUUGCGAAACACAAUAGCAGAGCUGCAUAAAACGAAUUCUAAACGGGAAGUGGAACUCGAGGGAGUAAAAAUGGAAAAGAGCCAACUGAAGGAGCUGUACGACAAAAGCCUGUUGGAGCUAAAAGAACUCCAACGCACUGCCGACCAGAAAAGUUCGGAUUUGCUGGCAGGCUCGUCGAAGGAGAACAUCGAUGAGCUGCAAAGGAAGUGCGAUCAAUAUGUUCUGGAUUUGGAGCUGUUGAGGGGCGAGAAAGCAGAACUGCUAUCGGAGAUCCAGAAAAUCAACGCACAGCACUCGAAGACCCUAAAAAAACUUGAGGAAAUCGAAGCGGAAAUGAUUACUCUAACCACUCAAAAGGAUUUGGAGAGGUGUGAGAUUAAAGAAAAGCUGGAGACUUUCGAGUCAAAGGAAGCAGAUCUCAAAGAAGCUCUGCACUGUGCCCAGCUCAGGUUUCAUGCCUACGAUGAGCUGGUGUGCGAGCACGAGCGGCUAAAAGGCUGUCUUUCGGAUUCAAAUAAGAUGUCGGCAAAUCUGCAGAAGAAAGUCGCGGAUUUGCAGGCUGAACUGCUUUCUUUACAGGAGGGAAUUUCUGGCCGAGAUUCAGAGAUUAAAAAGCUUCGCGCUGAGCUUAAGGACGCCCUUGAUGAAAAUGCAACUGCGAGAAAAGCAAAAGUAGACCUGGAAAAUAGUCUUAGAGAAGUACAGGAAAAUAUGUCUACCCAGGCAGGUGAGGUUAAACGAAAGAUUGCCAAUCUAAAGGGAUCAGUGGACGAGCUUCAGAUUAAACUGAAAUCUCUCCAAGAAGUAAAAGACAAUCUAGAUUCUGAAAAUGAAAAGCUUAAAAUAAAGCUAAAAGAUGCUCAGAAUCUACAGAACAAAGUGGAUAAGGAGGAAAAGAUCAAUUCCUCUCUACGAGAAGAUUUGGGCAAACUGGAAGAAACCAAACUCGAUCUCGAAGAGCAGCUUCGAGCCAAGAAAGUAGAAUUCGAUCGCCGAUCCAAGGAGCUUGGGGAACUGACCCAGGAGUGCGGAAAUAUACGGUCCCAUCUGGCAGCUCAAUCUAAUGAUUUCCUGAAAGAAAAGGAAACUUUGAACUUGACUAUAUCCAAUCUUCAGUUGCAUUAUCAGCAAUUGGGCGAAAAGCUAACCAUUCUUAGAGAGAAAGAUAAAUGCCAAUGUCAGCUUAAAAAGAAACUCGAAUCUCCGCUAGAAACCUCGAAGGAUCAUCUAUCAAACAAAGCAGCAGCAAAUAAUUUAAAUCUCCAAAUGAAGAAGGAUAUUCUUGAUCUCACAAAAGAGUGCGAGAUCUUACGUUCCGAUCUGCAACCCAAAAAUGAAUGUUUCCGAACGCAGAAGCAACUGUUGGAUAAAACAAUUUCUAAUCUAAAGGAGGAAAACCGCAAGAUGGAGGAAAAGUUUAGUACGGUUAACAAGGCGCUAAACGAGGAUUGCGAAAAGCUCCGUUCAACAUUGAAAUCAAAGGAACUAAUAAUGCAACAGAAUAGACAAGAGUUAGAGGAAAGGCUGACUGAUAUUAAUGAGAAGAAUGGGAACAACGCGCGACUUGUGGCCCAGUUGAACUCCAAUGAAGCCGCCUUGAAGUCACUCCGAGAGGACUCGAUUAAGCAAAGUUUAGCCAUUGAAGCGGCCAAUAAAAGAAGCCUCGAGAUGGAACAGAAGGCUGAUAAACGUGCAAGGGAGUACGAAGAACUACGAUCAACUUUGAAAACCAGGGAAAUCCAUUUUCGAUCCGAGAAGGAACGCAUGGACGGCACCAUCUCCAGCCUGUUGGAAGACAAGCGUAAUCUUGAGGAGAAGGUGUGCACAGUCACCGAGCUCCUGGCUAAGCUUGAGCGCAAACACGCGCAAAAAGUGAACGGAGGCGAUGUCUCAUUUGAGUUGAAUUCUUCGAAUGGAUCGCCCACUCCUGUAGCUGUUCCGGCAACAAAGAAGCCCCUGGGCUGCAAUUCGGCUGACAGUGUGCCAAAGAAAUCCAUCAGCUUAGACACUGCGGAGCGGAAGAAUCGACGGAUGACGGCGUACGAUGAGCACCGUAAGCAGUUUUGCUGGAACGACUUACGUAACGGCGGAACUACGACCGUUCCUGUGGAUGGCAAUUGCCACUGCGAGCAGCUGAGCUGCAAACAAAGACUGAGUUCGGACUGGAGGCAAAACGAUGAUAAAAAAGAUGAUUAAAGUUGUCCGAGUAUUAGGGACUUUUUUGUUAGGUGUUAUCUUGCAAACGGUGGAAUUCCACAUCAUAUAGUUUUCUAUUUAUAUUUAUGUCCUAAGUAACUGUCAAAUAUUAUCAAUACAAAAAUUAAAUACAAUUAAAUACAAAAUAAAAACAAACGUGAUCAUAGUAUUUAAAUUGAAAUCUGUAUUAAGUUGGUUUUUGUUUGUUUAAUAGUUAAAUUCGAUAAAAAGUUAAAUAUUGCUAGUUAAGUAAUGUAUCCUCUAUAA